ACGCUUUGGAAAUGUUACUCAUUUGUCAAUAGAAUAUGUUUAUGUUUUCGUGAACGAAAAACACUAUAGUAUAUUUUGGACACAGGCUGCCAUCGUUCUGUUAAUGAUGAAUUUGUAGUAAGAAAAUAAAAAAAAAUCGGAUAGAUGUUUACGGACAUGGAUGGAGAGAAAAAGAGUACACCACCUAACCUGGAUACACCAGGGAAACAGAAGCUGUGGAGUUGGCUUAACAAAAAUCUAAAAAUUGAAAUGACUGAUGGAAGGGUUUUGGUUGGCGUCUUUCUAUGUACAGACCGAGACGGCAACGUAAUUCUCGGCUCGUGCAGCGAAUAUCUGAAACCUGAAGAUACUGUAAAUAUGGACGAGCCACGAGUGCUAGGUUUGGUGAUGGUGCCAGGUCGUCAUAUAAUAUCAAUUUGCCUAGAUGACGUUACGAAAUUUGCUCAGGACAUAAUGUGAAAUUAUACGAAGGUCAAGUGGUCGUAGAAACUGACGUCUUUUUCUCGUCCAACAAACGGUGUUUAUAUGUUUUCAUUUUUGUGUAUAUUUAUCAACGUAAAUAUAUUCAUUAUUGAUCAUUUGUUAGUGCUGUGCUAAAACCUCAAAACUAUAUAAUAUGGUCAACCGUGGAAUAAUUUAAACAAUUUAUAUCAAAUAAGGCAUACCAUUUAUAUUACUGCCGCACAUCACAUAUAUCUGUAACAAACCUUUGUAUGACAUAAGACAGUUGCAAACAAGAAUUGUAUGAGGUACAUUGAUUCAGAUUCUCUGUGUUAAGAUUAGCUCAUCUAUUCUCACUAUAAAUGUUAUAUAGAA